GUCGUACUCGCCCUCAUCCAGACCGCACACCCUCCCUGAAACCGUCUGGCACCAACCACCCGUCAACCCCUCUCAACAUGCUUACCUCUUCUUUGGAACUUAUUGAGAGACUGCUCGAGGGGACCAUGAACCGGAAAACAGCACAGAAGCUCCGGCGGUGGCAGCACGAAUGGCAAUCGCGCAACGCAAACACACUGGUCCUCGAUUACGUCGAAGCGGAGACCAAGCUGCGCUUCAACAUCCAGCGGGAAGCCAGGGUCCAAGUGGAGCAUGAAGCUCUUUUCAUCAGCAGUACUAAGAAUAUCGACAACGACAAGAGAGCAACGGCAUCGACGGUCUCGAGGGUGGAGGCACUGCAGAAAGAACUGCGCUCGCUCUCCGAGGGCAUUUGGCACCAGGAGCGCAAGCUGGACGUGGUCCACGCUCGGCUCUGUUCCCUACCGAUCCGACGGGCCCUGGUCAGCUGCCACAAGGACAAGGAGUGGUACUUGUCGGAGUGGAUGCGGGCGGACUGCGCGCGCCGCGAGGGCUGUUGCGCGCGGGAGUGCGGCUGCUGUCGGCGGCCGCAGCAUCGGGGCCACUGCACCGCGGCGUGCGCGUGCUGCGAGCAGAGCAGAGGGUUUGCGGUCACCGGCAAGGAUGUCUGGGAGCCGGGGAAGAUGGCUUGGGUGUCGAUAGAGAACCAGCUGAAUAUUUAUGCGACGCGGUUGAGGGAUGCGUAUUUCUUCGGGCUGUGA